AUGUUGGCUCUCAAGUUGAAGGCAGCAGUGAAAAAUUCCAUUGCACCAUCUUUGUCUUUAUCCCAGAGGAUAGUUUGUAGAGCGGCAUUUGAUUGGAUCCAGGCGAGCGAGGAGAAAGCGCUGGAUUUCAAUCCGGCGGUGGAUGCGAUGAACGCCUUUCGUAUUGCGACGCUCAUAGUAUUUGGGGCGAACGUCCUGACAAUCGGUGGGCUGAGCAAGCGAUGGGAGCUCGACGGCUGGGAAGAUUGGAGGAUCUUCAUCGAGGCCGGGCACCUCGGUAAAGCGCUGAUUCCCACGGAUUGGUCUCAAUCUGCUUCCAAAGCCAUCCCCGAUCGUCUCCGUCCCACCCCCACUCCCCUCUCAGAGCAAGAACUUACCGAAAAACACGAACUCAUCAGAAGUUGGCACUGGAAAAAAAAGGUUGAUCGCGAGUGGGAAGUCGAAAGAAAUCAAAGAGAGGCUGAAAGACUUGAGUGGGAAACGCGGAGGAAAGCGUUGGGUAAAAGGAUUUGUGGCCAGACAUUUGCCCCCAAUUCGCAAGUUUACAAUUAG